GUUGCAAAGGCAAUGCCCAGAAACUACUUGUCCACUUAAAGCUAUUCAAGCUGAACAGGUCAAAAGAAUAAAGAUCACAAAAUAAAUCUUUGCCGGAUUCGAUAGAAAGAAAAAGGAGGAAGACUGCAAAUAAAUGUGCUGGAUUCGGCCCGAGGGAUUUGGCGGGGCCAAGGAGUCAGUUGGUCUAUCAACACUAUAGUGACAGUAUUGGUUCCUGUCUGCACUACUGGGAGACGUGAGUGGCGCGUGUGUUGCCUCAUCCAUGUGAUUGGUGAUGGAAGACCGUCCUCUUGCUCGUAUUGGCCCCACAGGCGGGGGAGAUGUGAGAGCUGCCUGCAAGAAAUGUGGUUAUCCUGGUCAUCUGACAUACCAGUGCAGAAACUUUGUCAAGGUGGAUCCAAAGAAGGAUGUUGUGCUUGAUGUGUCUUCGACAUCAUCUGAAGAGAGUGACCAUGACACUCCUCUCACUCAACUGCAGACACAGGAACUAAUGGAAAAGGCCCAAAGGAAUCAGAACUUGAAAAAAGAAAAGAAAAAGAAGAAAAAGAAGGAGAGGGAAAAAUCUGAAAGCAGAAGUAGGAAAAGAACUCCAGAAAGAAGGAAGAGAUCACAGUCUUCAAGUGAUGAGGAUAGAAGAAAGGAACACAAGAAAAAACAUAAAAAGGAAAAAAAGAAGAAGAAAAGGAGCCAAUCAAGAGAGUAAAAAAAUCAUAUUAUACUGAAAAUUGAAAUGUUUCAUAAAAAUAAGUAUGUUAAAAUGUAAGAGAAAAAAGAAUAAAGGGACAUGACUGAUAAAAA